GAGCCUCCAUUCUCGGAUCUUCCCGACACGAAUCCAACACCCCGCCGUAAGAACCCUAGCAGCCAUGUCCACCAUUACCACCCCUUCUCUUCCUUCCACCCAGAAAGCCGUCCUCUACAACAUCGAAACAAAAACCCUCUCCCUCUCCACCUCGCACCCUGUCCCUGCGCCUUCUGAAAAGGAACACCUCAUCCGCGUCCACAGCACCGCAAUCACAAACGGGGAACUCACGUGGGCGCCCUUCUGCCCCGACUGGCCCACUGAACACGUCCCCUGCUACGACGUCUCCGGCACCAUCGUGAUUCCAGUCCCAGGUUCCGACCUAAAGCCUGGAGAUAAAGUCUUCGGCCGUGUGGAUGCGCAAAGGGAAGGCACGGCGCAAGAAUAUGCAACCAUUCUACAGUCCGAGAAUGCGCGCUUGCCUGCCGGGAUCGGGAUGCUGGAAGCAGCGAGCGUGCCGAUGAGUGCGCACACGGCGUGGCAGGCGUUGUUUGAGAAGGGGUUACUGACUGGUGACUUCAACCGCGUGCCGUAUGUGGAUGAGACGAGUGGUGAGAUUGUUGGGAAAGAGUUGGCUAAGGGAAAGAGAGUGCUUAUUCUGAAUGCCGCGGGCGGGGUGGGCUUGCAUGCGGUGCAGUUUGGAAAUUUGGUUGGGGCGUGGGUGGUGGGGACCGCGAGCAAGAAGAAUGAGGAGUGGUUGAAAGGCCUGGGGGCGGAUGAAGUGGUGGAUUAUCGGAAUAUGAGUAUCAAGGAGUAUGUCGCUGGGGACGACGCGAAGAAGUUUGACCUUGUCUUCGAUUGCGUGGGCGGAGAGUCGAUGUUGGAUGGAUGGAAUGGGGUUAAGGAGGAGGGAGGGGUGUAUAUCUCUGUUGCACCUGGGUUUGGAGAGCCCCAGGGAGGGAAGCCAAAGGGGGUGAGGAGUGAAUGGUUUAUCAUGGAGGCGAGAGGGAAGGAGUUGGAGCAUAUUGGGAAGUUUAUUACGAAGGGGGUCUUGAAAACGGCAGUGGAUAGUGCGUACGAGAUGGAGGGUUUUGAAGAGGCGUUUGCGAGGUCGGCGAGUGGGAGGGCGAAGGGGAAGGUGGUGUUGAGGGUUGGAAAGGACGAAUAAGCGUGAUGUACAGAGUAGAGAGCGCGAGCAUUUGGUGUCCGUCAAAAGUCAUUGUUGCGAUUGCUCGAGAAGUCUUUACUGCCGUUCAAUGUUGAAUGAUAUCCCCUUUCCAUCCUGGUCACGACCCAUACG